UACUGGCAAUACUGAGAGGAGAUGGCAGAAGGCAAACAUGCAACAUAGACAAUCUUUGAUCUCUUGUCACGAUAUUUGAUGAAGAGAUAUUGUGUGUGAAUCUUUUACCCGCUUUCACACAAUUGCACGACGGGAAGCAAAAUGUUAAAGUGUCUCUUUUGAGUGAGAACAUUCCCCCCGCGUAUUUUAAACUACAAGACGUUGUACUUUUACACGAGCAUGUUUCAGCAAAAUCGCCCGAGUAAAGCUCUUGUCAGCAGAUUGAUUCUUCUCCAUGUCCAGUUUAAUAAACGACUUGUUACAAUGUCGAUACCGAACCUCUCUGAAGGAAGCUCGAAGCGACUGGGAAACAGCAGCCGGUUACAGAUCAAUGCAGACAGGAGUGAGGCUGAGCACAGUGACGUGGUGACAAGCAGCGUGGGGGGCGGAAAUGACCACGCUGCAAGAAAGUUCACAGAGGAGGAGAUGACCAUCCACACAAUCCAUAGAGAGGCGUGUGAGGCAAAGAAGCAGAUGUAUGUCGACCCUUCCAGUGGGUACAAGGUGUUCACAGAGUAUGCCCACCUUCAGAGAGGGAAAUGCUGUGGCAGCGCAUGCAGACAUUGUCCAUAUGGCCAAGUCAACGUGAAGGACCCUGCAAUGAAGAAACAGUUUAAUUCUUUAUUUUAUAAAUAGGCCUAACAGAAUCGUGCCAAAGGUAAAAUGAGAGACCCUCUUUAGAAUGGAACGUCCCACAUGUUGCUUGUCUUCUGCCUGUCGUUAUUUGGACGACUUGAGUCAUUUUUUAGCAGUGUACUAAAUGAUGAAAUAUGGGUAGUGUCUGUGCAAUACUUACCUCCUGUGAAUCACAAAUAUUCUUAGGAUUUUCAUUCUCGCAAGACAAGGAGGGAGGGAGGAAGGGUUUGUUCACUAGAACCUCAUGUAAAAUCGUCUUUCAUGACGUUUUUGUUUUGUUACAUUUUUCAGAUAUGUUUCUCUAAUGUCCGGUGUAAUGCCUUGAAUUUCGUUUUUCAUUUCUCUUUAAGAGUAUUGAAUAUUUUGUGGUGUUCGGCUCCUCUGAUGCACUUACAAGGGUUGUGGGAGUAUGGAGAUGAAAACUGAAAGAGCAUUUUAGAUCUUUGCCCUCAAGAUAAAGGGCACAUAAGCAAAACUAACUGUAGAUAGUCAGACGGAGUCUUGUGCUCUUUUGCUUUGCAUUUCUUGUUAUUUUUCCUCCCAAAUGUACGACUGCAUGAAUAUUAGCAUCAUUUACACUCCACAAGUGCUCAACUGAACUGUCUACCUUUGACUGAAAUACUGUGUUGUUAAAAAUAGGCAGGGGCCAAGGGUCAGCCCUCACACUUGGCUGCGCCGCUUUUACACCACUUGAUGGAAUCAGGCUGUUAACAAACAUGCCAUGGACAUCAACAGCAGCCCUCCCCACUGGACUCGCAGCUCAGCCUCCUGGCAACACUUGGCUACAGCACAGCUCCCUGCAGCUGCUCUCCUGAGCUGCAGCCUAAUGAACUCCUGGGCCCUCUUAUCCCCGGCACUGCAAUAGAUCAGCUCAUGCUCAGGAGCAUGCUUAGACGCACACAUGCAUGGGCAGACUUACUCCAUCACAAUAUCCCGUGGCUUCUAAUAGGCCAAUAUAGAAUAAAGGUUGCACUAAACACCGCACUUUGUAGCCAACAGUAAUCGUACAAGGUAGGGUCAAGCGCUCAUACAGCGCUACCUGUGCGUGCAAGAGAUGUUGAGGAAAGAUGCGCCACUUGAUUUGUGAGUGCAUGUGGGUAGGCAGCGCGAUGCCUUCAGGCGCUGGCUCUGAACCUGCCACACACACUCACCCGUCUCCGCCUGAUUGGGCAAACAGCGUCGGGAUGAGAGGAUGUGUCUGCCGCGGAAUUCAGUCUCUGCCGCCUACUGGCGCGACCACAAUUUUCCUCGGCAGGUGGGUCCCAAAGGCAAGUGCUUAGUGAUCGGAGCAAAGCCCUGUGAGCGGCUACAAGGAGAUUCGUGAUCCCUACAGUGCUGGGGAGGACAGGUUCUUGGGGACGCGUCGUCAGGCGGGAUGAGAGGCGAAUUUAUUUGGUGUUAUUCUAACCCGAGGCAGCGGAGCGUGCGGCAGCAACAUUUCUACAGCGGGACGGUGAAGGUGUCACACUCAUCAAGUACCUGGGCCCGCUUGCCUGCCGCGGCUUUGCGGGUUUUGCCUAGGGACUUGUCUGUCACAUUAAAGUAGAUGCAUUGCCAUUCAGGGCCUCGGCGGUCCCGCAGCCUGACCAUGAAAUAGGCCAACUUUCAUGUCUGCCUCAUCCCUCCAUGUCUUCCCAAUCCAGUGAUGGCACAGUUUGAAAUGUUUUU